AUGAUCCAAUCCUUCGCUAGGCGGCACGUCGUGCCGCGUGGAGUGUUGCCAUCGAUUUGCAAACGUGCGCUCCAGACCCAGCCCUUUGAGGCUGGCUAUGAUCAGGAGGAACUUCGGGAAGCCCGCGAGUGGCAUACCACCUUUACAGAGGCGAAGCUGCCUCGGGGCGAGACGACCUUUUCGCGAUCAAGCGGUCCCGGGGGUCAGCAUGUGAACAAAACCGAGAGCAAGGCCACCACGUCAUGGUCUAUCAGUGAGCUGUCUCGCUGCCUCCCGAAGAUCCUGCAUCAAACUUUGAGACAGUCAAAGUACUACGUCAAGCGUAGCGACUCGAUAUUGGUUCAGGCCCAAACACAGCGGAGUCGGGCUGCAAACAGUGACGAGAAUCGGGGAAAGCUGAUGGAGGAGAUUCAGCGCAUGUACAAGGAGCUUGUACCGGGAGUGACUAGCUCGGAGACGAAGAAGAAGCAUGCGACCAUAGCGAAAGCUUUUCAUGAUACCAGGGUCAAGGCGAAAAAGCACCAUAGUGCCAAGAAGGCCUCGAGGAAAGGUCCAUCUGAGUAA